AGCUCCUCUUAACAACUGAGCGACUGGUGAUUGGAUUUCUCAAGAGUGCUUUAACAAAAGGUCUACAGUAACUGCAGGCUGCUACUUUGUUUAGAAGCGCGCGAGUCUGUCAGGAUGAGGCACGUGCGACGGGACCUCCACCUGUCGCUCACAGUUUUUAUUUUACUGUGCUGGAGUUCCGCAGGAGGGCAACGUGUCAACAAAGUUACCCCAUACGUCGGAGGCGUCAAUGGCGGCACGAGACUGACCAUAGAGGGGCAGGGUUUUGCUCAAGCCAAUCAGUUCAAUCUCAAUGCCGAUGACCCAAAUUUCGGCAACAGUGUGACGCUGGUGUCCCGAACCAGAUCUGUUCCCUGUGAUGUCGAGAAAGACUCCAGUCACUCCAAACAAAUCAUCUGUUAUACAAGGUGGAAGUUUUCAUCAAUGGUAUUCCAUCACGGUGCAAAGGGGACUGUGGUUUCACCUGGAGUGAGCAAAAGACCCCAACAGUGACUGGGAUCUCGCCUACUGAAGGAUCCAGCAGUCUGGGAACAAUUCUUACCAUAACUGGAUCUGGUUUUGAUGGUGGAAACGUCACUGUAAAGAUUGGAGAUGUGGAGUGCUCUGUUCUACAGCUUACUAAUACUUCUAUAACCUGCCAGGUCGGUCCUGCAAGUGCAGGUGUACAGCCGGUCUCUCUGAGUUUCUCUGUGCUGGGAAAUGCCCAAUACCAAUAUAAUAACAGCUUGUUCACACAUCUGUUAGGAGUGACUUCCAUAAACCCCACAACAGGAAGCGUAGCAGGAGGGACGAUUCUGACAGUGUCAGGCUAUGGAUUCAGGAAUGAUACUGCAGUCACCAUUGGCACUCAGCCAUGUAACAUUAUAGAAGUGGAACUUUUCCAGCUGAGAUGCACAGUUCCUGUUGGGUCGGAAGGUGAAUGGAGUGUAACAGUGACCACGGCAGAGAUGACAGAAAUAUCAAAUGCCUCUUUCACGUAUAGCAGCGCUCUGACGGCCUUAAUCACAUCUCUGAGCCCACAAACUACACCAGUAUUUGGGCACAGGAUUCUCACCAUCUUGGGCACAAAUUUUGAGGCGCAGGCUAAUGGCAGCUCUGUUUUGAUUGGUGAAGCUGAGUGUGAAUUGCUGCAUUGGACCAAUGAAAACAUCACCUGCCUGUUACCCACACUUCCCCCAGCUGUGUACAAUGUCCGUGUGAGAGUCGGAAACCAGGGUUACACCUUAACCAGUGCUGGCCUUAAUACCACCAUAAAGUAUGUUCUAGAGGUCACAAGUUUUUCUCCAUCUCUGGGGUCUUUGUAUGGCGGAACCACCAUCACUGUCACCGGCUCCGGGUUCAGCCCUGUCACAGCAGACAAUAACGUCACUCUAGGUGACACACAAUGCCGAGUGACAGCCGUUUCAGAUCAUCAACUUGAGUGUGUGACCCAGUCUAGAGAUAAAACACACACCGUGACGAACCAAGGCUUCCACCCCGUGUAUGGUCAGGGUUACGCCUGGAGUCCCUCUGCGAUAAUAGCCUCAGUGGGGGACACAGUGGUUUGGCGUUGGGACGCUCCAGCUUUUGUGCCUGGUCUGAGCUACAGGGUCUUCAGUGUGUCCAGUCCCAGCAGCACAGACUAUGAUGGCAUUGCUUUCAGCAGUGGAGACACAGGAACUGCCAAAGGGUUUUUCGCCUAUCGUUUCACCUCUCCUGGAGUUUACUACUACAGCAGCGGUUACAUCGACUCUGGCAACCAGAAGACGCUGCAGGGAGUAGUGACUGUUAUGCCUCGGGAGAAAAGCACGGUGGGGCUUCAGGUGUUUGUGACAGGAAUACAGGCCUCUAUUAAUAUAGAUGCAGGACAAAUGAACUCAUCUGACUUUGAGUGUAUGACCACUUUAGACUGUUUUCAAGAUCAGCUGGAAUUGAACGAGACCUCAGAUAGUCACUACUUCAGUUUUAUUUCUUGUGCCAGCCCCAUUGUGUACCACAUUACACCUGACUAUGGUACCACACAUGACAUCAUCAACAUCAAUGGAUCUGGCUUUAGCAACAUUAACUGUGCAAACGAGGUCAAAGUUGGAGAUCGUCCAUGCAACGUUAUCAACAGCACCUCCACUGAGAUUAACUGCCAACUCAGUCCUGACAGCGGAGCACCAGUGGGAAUCCCUUUAUCCAUAAGUGUCAGAAUCAACAACCUUGGCACCGCCAUCCUUUUGAUGCCGAAAGAGUAUGACCGCAGAUUUGUAGUUCUACCCGUGGUCGAUUCUGUCUUUCCCUUGGUGGGAAGCACCACAGGCUACACACGACUCUUCAUCUCUGGUUCUGGGUUCUCGGACGGCUUAGUUACGGUAGCAGGCAAUCCAUGCAAAGUGGUUUUCAUGAACUACACCCAAGUGGUGUGCGAUACUUCUCCAUCUGCGGCCCGCAGGGGAAACGUCGCCGUUUACGUCAACUCCAUCUCUUCCUCAUGCAGUUUUGAUUGCACGUUUCAAUAUUCCGACUCCAUUGCACCGUACGUAUCCGCGGUGUCCCCUAACUCGGUUACUGGAAACGCCACCACCGUUGAGGUCACUGGCAGUGGAUUUGGGAACAACUCUGCUGAUCUAAUGGUAACUGUGGCCAACAUCCUGCUGGAAGUCACAAAUGUAACUGAUAACAACAUCACGGUUUUAGUAGGUGCGCUUCCCGCUGGCACGCACGUCCUACAGGUGGUGGUCAUGAGAAAAGGUCUUGCCACUGGAGACGCCACCCUGACCAGCAUAGCUCAAGCCAGCGUCAACCCAACAUCAGGCAGCAUUGCUGGAGGAACUUCACUCUUGAUCACAGGAAAUGGCUUUGUGGCAGGAAAUACAACCGUGAAGCUCGCUAACUCCCCCUGCAGGAUUUUAGAUGUGACUCCAGACACAGCGAGGUGCAUGACACCUCCUCAUGCAGAGGGACAGGUGCAGGUGAACAUUAAGGUGUUUGAUGUUGUGUAUCCACCUCAACGUUUCAACUACUCUAGGGGACAAACUCCAAACAUCACCUCUGUCAGUCCUAUAACAGGUUCGGGUGGAACAGAGAUCACCGUCUCUGGCUCUGGCUUUGGCACAGAUGUAGCACUCGUCUCCUUCGAGAUCGGCGGUGUGUCUUGUAACGUGACAUCCAUCACAGAUAUGCAGUUGCUGUGCACUGUUGGAGAACACGCAGGAGGAACUUUCCCAGUCAUUUUUCACCAUCAGGUCAAAGGUCAUGCCUUGACCCAGUCUGUCUUCACCUAUGAGCUGCUGCUGACAGGGGUCAGACCGAAUGAGGGAAGUUACGCCGGAGGAGCUGUUGUUGCCAUUCAAGGCUCUGGAUUUGACCCAAACAUCACGAGAGUCCUUAUCUGUAACAGAGAGUGUAACGUGCACCUGCAGAACUCCACAUCUACCCAGCUGAACUGCGAGGUCCCACCCAACAAUGGAAGUGAAGCAGAGCGGGCCUGCACAGUCAUAGUGAUGAAUGGAGGUGACACCGCCAACCUCACGAACAGCUACACUUACAGAUCCUCUCUGACCCCUGUUAUCACCACCGUUUCACCACGCAGAGGGGGAACCGCUGGAGGCACCAGACUCACGAUUACCGGUUCAGGUUUCAGCUCAAAUGUCAAUGAAGUCACUGUCACAAUCGCAGGGUCUGUCUGCGAUGUUCAGUCAGCCAAUGAAUCGCAAAUCAUCUGUGUGACCAACUCUCAGCCCAGAUCCCAAGAAACUCAAGUGCGAAUACAGCUGGGCAACAGAGGAAUUGCCAGAAUGAAUAAUGCUACCUUCUUCUACAUUGAUGUAUGGUCAUCUCCCUAUACAUGGGGUGGUCUCUCCCCUCCCGAGGAGGGCAUGUUUGCAGUAAUCACUCCUGGCCAGACCAUCCUUCUGGAUACCAGCACUCCAGUUCUUAAGAUGCUCCUUAUCCAGGGUGGGCGACUGAUUUUUGAUGAGGCAGAUAUUGAGCUGCAGGCAGAGAAUAUUCUGAUCACAGAUGGUGGAGCGCUGCAGAUCGGAACAGAGCAGGCCCCCUUCCAGCACAAGGCCAUAAUCACACUGCAUGGACACCUGCGUUCUACAGAACUUCCUGUCUAUGGCACCAAGACCCUGGCUGUCAGAGAAGGGGUGUUGGAUCUGCAUGGAAUCCCUGUCCCUAUGCCGUGGACUCGCCUUUCUCAGACUGCACAAAACGGCGCCAACACGCUGACACUGAUGGAUGCUGUCACCUGGAAGACUGGCGACGAAAUUGUCAUCGCUUCCACUGGGCAUAGACACAGUCAGCGUGAGAAUGAGUUGAUGAGAAUUGCCUCGGUUUCAGCUGACGGUAGGACCCUCACUCUGACCGAACCACUGAGAUACACUCAUCUGGGUGUGUCUGUCACACUGCCUGAUGGGACAGUUUUUGAAGCGACAGCAGAGGUGGGCCUUCUUACCAGAAACAUCGUUGUCCGUGGAUCCAACAACAUGGAGUGGAACGAUCAGAUUGAAGCUUGUCCUGAUGGAUUCAACACAGGGGAAUUUGCCACCCAGACUUGUUUCCAGGGUAGGUUUGGAGAAGAAGUAGGAAGUGACCAGUUUGGUGGCUGCAUCAUGUUCCACGCACCACAACCAAACCAAAAUUUGGCAAUUGGCAGAAUUGAAUAUGUCGAGCUCUUCAAUGUUGGACAGGCGUUCCGUCUGGGACGCUACCCAAUCCACUGGCAUCUAAUGGGUGAUGUUAAGUAUAAGUCAUACGUGCGUGGAUGUGGCAUUCACCAGUCCUACAACCGUGCCAUCACCAUCCACAACACCCACAACCUGCUGGUGGAACGUAAUGUCAUCUACAAUAUCAUGGGUGGAGCCUUCUUUAUUGAGGAUGGCAUUGAGACCGGCAACAUUCUACAGUACAAUCUGGCGAUAUUUGUAAAACAGAGCACCAGUCUGCUAAAUGAUGAUGUUACUCCAGCGGCAUACUGGGUCACCAACCCUAAUAACAUCAUUAGGCACAAUGCCGCGGCAGGUGGGACACAUUUUGGCUUCUGGUACCGCAUGCAUGAUAAUCCAGAUGGCGCUUCUUAUGAUCCCAACAUCUGUCAGAAGAGAGUUCCACUAGGAGAGUUCUUCAACAAUACGGUGCAUUCACAGGGCUGGUUUGGCUUGUGGAUUUUCCAAGAGUUUUUCCCAAUGCGUACUGGCAGCUGCUGGUCCUCUACACCAGCGCCAGCGGUUUUCCGCCGCUUCACUUCCUGGAACAACGAGAAAGGUGCCGAGUGGGUGAACGUAGGAGCGGUUCAGUUCAGCGAGUUCCUAAUGGUCAAUAAUGAGAAGGCAGGAGUGGAAGCCAAGAGGAUCAUCCAGCAGUAUGUCAGCGGAUGGGGACUGAAUGGAGGAGCGGCCGUGGUCAACAGCACUAUGGUGGGUCAUGUGGAUGAGCUGGGGCUGGGGAGCGACUACUGCACCGCUCGUGGCGUUGUCCUGCCCCUGGAUGAUGGUAUGAGCGUCAUCAACACCAAGUUUGUGAACUUCGAUCGUCCAUCGUGUGCUGCUGUCGGAGUGGCAGAAAUAGUUGGAACCUGCAUGUUCCGCUGUGGAGGCUGGAGCGCGAGGUUCAGUGGGAUCCAGUUUCAUCAGUCGCCCAACAAGGCCUGGUUCAGAUGGGAGCAUGAGGUGGCACUAGUAGAUACUGAUGGGUCCCUGACAGGGAACGCUAGCUACAAGGUGGUACCAAGGAAUAACCUGCUCGACCCGAGACACUGCUUUCCGGGAACAGAGUGGAGUGUUGGCGUCCCUGCUGCAGUGUGUGACAACACUAUUGACUUCCACCGCAUGGUCGUCUUCAAUCCCUCACCGCCUUCACUUCGAGCUAAAGAUGUGAUUCUGACCAACUCAUAUGGAACAUGCAUGCUUCCUUUCCUUGAAAAACUUGUGACCCACAAAUUUGGCUGGAUGGCAAUGCUGCCCACCGGCCAAACCUAUAACUGGUACUUUGAUGGUGCUUCCCAAAUCACUAACAUCUCAUACAAUGGAAUGGUCUACGGUUUUCAGCCAGAAAAUUAUAUAAUCAUGAAUCACAACCUGACUCAGACACCUGACAGCUUCCGCAUUAUAAAUGACAGGAAUGGUUCCUCCCAGCCCCUUAACCACACUGUGAAUGUAAAUGGGGACUGGUACUUUAACGAGUCAUCCAGAAGCCUCUAUUACAUGGUGUCUGGAAGAGACCGUGUGACUAGCCGGAGGAGGAGGAACAGUGUGGACCGCUCAGCUGUUGACAGACGGUUGGACUUCAGAGUAUAUCAGUGUUACUAUCCCCGCUGUAUUCAACCUAUCCCUCCACCUGAUCCUGUAAUCAAUCCAGUCAACACAACUGCCCACAGACCUGCAAACUAUGUCCUCUGGUCAAACACAUCGUUCUGGCGGUCAAGUUCAGAGAACAACUUCAAUGUGCCACAAGACGGCUCUGAUGUGGUAAUUCCACCUGGCAUUUGGAUGGUUGUGGAUGUUGUAGUCCCCUCCCUGAACAAGCUGAAAAUAGUUGGAGUUCUGGAGAUUCCAGACACAAUCAAUGGCACCUCCACCAGAAAUGUCUCUCAAUAUAAUAACAUUGUUCUGAAUGCCACAUACAUCUCCAUUCAAGGUGGACGUCUGAUUGCUGGGUGGCCUGAUGAACCCUUCAGAGGUCAGCUGCAGAUCAUACUGAGAGGAAGCCAUUCCACGCCAGACUGGCUGUUACCCUCUGGACCAAACCAAGGGUCCAAAGUUCUAGGUGUGUUUGGAUCUCUUGACCUUUAUGGUAUGCCACACAACGUGUAUCACACUAAGCUGGCUAACACAUCCCAGGCAGGAAACAGCACUAUCUCUCUACAGGAAUCUGUGGACUGGAAGGUUGGGGAGAAGAUCCUGCUGUCCACCACCAGCUAUGACCCCUGGCAGACAGAAAUCCGCACCAUAACUGCUAUCUCAAAUGAUGGCCGCACACUUACUCUGGAUCAGCCUUUAUCAUUCACACACAUCGGGGAGAGCUACAGUGUGCCAGCUACUUCAAGAAGUUAUCAGCUUGCAGGAAAUGUGGCUUUACUGACCAGGAACAUCAAGAUCAUUGGUCAGGAGUAUCCAGAAAUGUACACACAGUCUUAUGGAGCCAGAGUCUUGGUGGGAAGCUUCUCCAGUGGAGGGAUUGAUUACAGAGGAAAAGCCCAGAUCAGAAAUGUUCAGUUCUACCACACCGGGCAGGAAGGAUGGAACGACCCGUCAGACCCACGUUACUCUCUGGUGUUUUAUAACCUGGGAGAGGUGGUUGGUGAGUCUUACGUCAAAGGAUGUGCUUUUCAUGACGGCUUUGCUCCUGCUAUUGGUGUUUUUGGAACUGACGGACUGAGUAUCGAUGAUAAUGUGAUCCAUCACACCGUUGGAGAAGGAAUCAGAGUCUGGGGUGACAGUAAUGCCAUCAGGAGGAACUUGGUUACCCUGACACUGUGGCCUGGAUCGUACAACGGCAGAGCGGAGGAAUUUAACUUUGAAUGGAAUGCAGCCAUUGAGGUGAGUGAGGCAACCAAUGCAAUUCUUCAAGGGAAUAUUGUUGCUGGCUAUGAACGAGUGGGAUUCCGAAUUGAUGGUGAACCAUGCCCAGGAUCUCCAAAUUCAGUGGCUCAAUGGAGUCAGAAUGAGGCACAUGGCGGUCUGUACGGACUCUACAUGAAUAAAGAUGGACUUUCUGGUUGCUCUCAAAUCCAGGGGUUCACUGUCUGGAGGAGCUUUGACUUUGGCAUUUAUGUUCAAGUAUCGAUGAAUGUGUUAGUUUCUAACGUGAGCCUGAUUGAUAAUGGAAUGGGUAUCAUGUCUCUCAUCUACAGUCCUCCCUCGCUCAGCCACACAUACUCUGACAAAAUAGUCCGUGUACAGGGUGCCCUGAUUGUGGGCAGCAGCCCUAACUUCAACUGUUUUGACAGUCUGUCGACAACUAAGACCUAUGUUAUGCUCAGCAAGAGCCACAGGGCCCCUCGCCCCCCCAAUGGUGGAAGGUCUGGAAUUUCCUGGCCAACAUUUGAAUCUUUCCACAAUAAUGCACCACAAAAGCCUCACACUGGACUGAUGAGCUACAAUGCCAUAGCUGGUCUAAUGGCUGUCUCUGACACAACUUUUGUUGGGUUCAAGAAUGUGUGCUCGAAGGAGACAAAUUACAUGUUCAUGACCAACCCGGGAAAUGAGGAUCUACAACAUCCAAUCAGUGUUGAGAGGAUAGCCAUGAUAAACAGCACAGAGGACGCUCUGGCAUACAUUCAUCGGCCUGAUCUGGGCAAGGUGAACCCAUCAGAUUGUGUGGACAUGGACUGUGAUGCUAAGAAGAAGACGAUGUUGAAGGAUCUGGAUGGCAGUUUCCUGGGUGCAGUUGGAGCAGUGGUGCCCCAGUCCGAGUACGAGUGGAACGGGGAUCCCCGACACGGACUGGGCGAUUACCGCAUCCCUAAAGUCAUGCUCACCUCUCUCAACGGCAGCCGGAUACCUGUGAAUCAAAUCGCUCCUUACAAAGGAGUGAUCAGAGACACCUGUACGUACAUGAACACCUGGCAGAGUUACAAGUGCUUUGGGCUCAACUAUAGGAUGCUGGUCAUUGAAAGUUUGGAUGCAGACACAGAAACCAGGCGUCUUUCACCUGUAGCCAUCCUGGGGGACAAAUAUGUGGAUUUGGUGAAUGGCCCACAAGACCACGGCUGGUGCGCCGGCUACACGUGUCAGAAGCGAGUGUCUCUCUUCCACGCCAUUGUGGCCACUAAUAAAUCCUUUGACAUCUUUUUCACCAGCACAACACCACAGAAGCUGAGACUUAUGUUACUGAAUGCUGGACCUACAGAGGCUGUCAGGGUUGCUGUAUUUUACUCAAACCCUCAGCGGCUGGAUGUGUACGUUAACAAUACUUUGGUUGGUCCAACAAAUGCUGAGUGGAAUGCUGAUAAAACUGACUACACUCUGCGUGAGCCAACUUAUACAGGGCAAUACGUUCCUAGUUUCAACUCCAGUCACGGCUCCAACUUCUUUGACCAGGACUACAAAAUGCUGAACAUACUUCUUCGAGGCUCAGAGCCGGUCCAAAUCCGCACCUCCCCGGUUUUGUUCCUGGCCUUCAACCUCCCAGCCAUGACUGAGGCGGAGUUCUUCGGGACAAAACUGAUCAACAAUCUAGCUUUACUCCUAAAAAUACCGGCGAACAAGAUUCGAAUUACCAACAUCGUCCGUGAGGGUACUAAUGCGAGACGGAGGCGCUCGACAGGACUGACGGUGCAGGUGGAGAUCAGGGAGCCCCCUGUUCAAACAUCAUCCACCAACAGCACCACUGAAGACCAACAGUUUGCGGCCCUAAAGAACAUUGCUGACGAUCUGGGCCGCGCUGCUGUCUCAGGCAAUCUGAGUCAGUCCAUCGGCUUCAAUGUGUCAUCCCUGGGCAUCAUCCCUCCUCCACCCUCUUCCAGUGACUCCACCUGGAACGAUGUGGCCACCCAGGAGGUGACCCGUGAAGACCAGCAGGUGGAGACGGUCAAGACGGUAUCAUCCCUGAUGGUGGCGGUACAGCCAGUGGCCGGAUCGUCCCCCGGACCCCUCAGCGUGCAGCCCAGCAUCAUGGCUCUGGACGCAGCGGGUGACUGUGUGUCCGUGGGUGUGACGAGUCUGACCAUCUCUGCUGUACUCAAAGAUGCUAACGGGAAUCCAACAGAGGGGCUUUACGGAAACACCACCAUCCCGUUCAGUGGCUGCUGGGCCAAUUACACUGACUUAGCCAUCUUCACAAGUGGUGAUAACUUGAAGUUGGCCUUUACUCUAAAUGAAUGGAAAGCUGAGUCCAGAUCUUUUACGCUCAGAUCACCUACAACCCCGUCUUCUAUAGUCGUCACUACGGACGAUGAUUUCCCCAGCAUCUUUGACUCCAGUCCAGCUAUCUGGUCACCAUCUGUGUAUCUGCUCAUAUUGUUGAGUGGUUUACUCCUGCUCAGGGGAAUCUAGAACCAAUGAAGAAGUGCACUCACAUACAAAUAAUAUAUAUAUAACCUCACCUUCAAAUGAUUUGCCUUUGUCUUAGAUACUUCUGUUGUUUUCACAUAUGACCAUUAUCUGUAAGCUACAACUAUUAUUCUUUUUACAAAUGUUUUUGUUUGCUUUAAAUCUAUUCAUAUUACUUUACUUUGGAAAUUAUACAUUUAUAUGCUUUCUUAUAUGCUUAAUAAAAUCAAGUUCUAUCAUA